GUGAAGAUGUCAAACCAUUUACUCCUGAGAAAACCAAGGAAAUUGUGAUGUCUCUACAGCAGCCUGCAGUCUUCUGUGACAUGGUUGGUGACUGGCCAGCCCUGCAGUGGAAUGCAAAAUACCUUUCCACGGUGUUGGAUGGAAAGACACUCCAGUUCAGGCUAGGUCUGAAGACAGCAGAUUUAGUUCCUCAGUUUGAGACCAAGUGUAGCUAUGUGAAGGCUACACUUGAACAGUUUUUGGCUUGGAGUUGUGGGCAGCCACCUUGUCUCUCUGGACCAUUCAGUUGUUAUGAUUACUCCAAAUACUGGGCGUAUGCUGACUACAAAUACCUUGCCAGAGUAUUUGAAGACAAGCCAGAACUUUUCCAGGAUAUAAGGUGGUGUGACUUUGGUUUUCCUGGAAGAAGUGGAAAAGAGAGCACGUUGUGGAUUGGUUCUGAAGGAGCAAACACCCCCUGCCAUUUGGACUCCUAUGGCUGCAACUUAGUGUUACAAGUACAAGGAAGGAAGAGAUGGCACCUCUUCCCACCUGGUGACACCAGUUUCCUUUAUCCCACGAGGAUCCCUUAUGAGGAAUCCAGCAUAUUCAGCAAAGUCAACAUUGCCAACCCUGAUCUGAAACGCUUUCCUGAGUUUAGGAACUCAACAGCCCAUGUUGUUACACUCAGUCCAGGACAGGUCCUUCUGGUUCCAAGGCAAUGGUGGCACUAUGUGGAAUCCAUUGAUCCCAUCACUGUCAGCAUAAACUCCUGGAUUGAACUGGAUGCAGAUCAUGAAGCUCGUGUAGAAGAGGCAAUAACUCGAGUGCUGGUAUGUGCCAUAAAAGCAGCAGAAAAUCCCAGCGAUGGAGAUCUCUGGCUAAAUCCCACGGAGGUUGAGGCAACAUCCCAUGAAAUCAAUCUUCAGUACCUGAAUAAAGCAGUGUCUGCGUAUCUUGAGUGUCAGAAGACAAGUGUGUCAGAGCAGGCACAUUCCAGCAGCACUGGUGCAGAGCAAAAGACAAGUGCCUCAUGCAAAAGGAAGAAAAGGAAAGUUGGCUGUGAAGCAAAGGGCUGCAGAUCACUAACCCAUGAAUUUGACUUUUCAACAUCUAAAGCAGAAGAGCUGCAGAAAACACCUUUUGGGCCUCAUCUUAUUCAAGUUUUACCACAGACUCAAGAAACAAGUUCGACAGGUGCAGUUGCAGUUGAAAGUGAUGGUAGAGAUCAUCUCUGUGAAAAUGAAGGAGAACAGUUUGGAAAAUUACACCGCAAGAGGAAGCAGUUGGUAAUGAGUAAUGACUGUGAGACUCCUGCACAUCAAAUGGGUUCAGACACCUCACAAACAGCCCUUUCUACCAAUGAUUUGCUAGACUGUUUGGUUAAUCCCCACGUCAUCAAUUUAGUGGCUCGGCUGCUGCUGGAGAGAACAAGGGUUUAA